AUGGAUGAGCCUUCGAGCAGCAAUAAUUCGAACACUGAACAAGCCAGUUUGUUUCAAGGGUUUGUCAGAUUUUCAGGUUUUUUGAGCAAAUGAGUUGAAAUAUUGGGUUCUAAUGUUAUUCAUAUGAUAGAAUGGUUUAAGACGAACAGAAUGAUAUAAAUUUUGAUGACUUUAGGUUGUCUAUAAGUGAUUUAGCGAGGUUUAGUAGAUAAGUCGCUAAAUCACUUAUGGAUAAUGUAAAUUCAUCAAAAUUUAUAUCAUUCUGUUCGUCUUAGACCAUUCUAUCCUAUGAAUAACAUUAGAACCCAAUAUUUCAACUCAUUUGCUCAAAAAACCUGAAAAUGUCAUUUAAUCGAUGUCCAACUAUAAUCUUUGCAGAGAAAAUCAAAUUUAUCCAUCAAGACGAAACGCAGCAAAUAUCGAACAUCAAAAUCAAUCAGAACUCCCUGCAAAUGUCAGAAAUUCCGAGGAAAAUCCAGCGAAUUCGCCCGAUUCAGAAGAAACUUCGCCAAGAGUUCCGACUCUAGAUGAAUGCUAUGCUGCUCUCUUAGUUCGACCUUCUGAUUCUGUUGAACCGUCAGAUGAUCAAGCUUCAGCUUCUUCUUCUAAUGAACCUAAACCAGUUGUAAAUAUUUUGCCAGUAAAUCGAAAUCUUAUCGAGAGACCAUCGCAUAAUUUGAUCGCUUUUGGAAGGAAACCAAAACUUCCAACGUUGUCUGCGUCUUUAAUGAAGAAACAGAAAAGUAAGGCCUUAAGGUUCUUAAGGUUUUUAAAAUCCAAUUUCCAGAAGCCCCAAUAACCCCCGCAAAAUCACCACAACCACAUCCAAUCCUCGGUUGGCAAGCCGACAAGAAAACCCUCAAGGAAAGAAUCGCUCACAUGUAUUGUAACGAAACUCUGGCCGAUGUGUUUUUCGUCGUCGGCAACGAUGAGACACGUCAAACAAUUCCAGCGCAUAAAUUUGUGCUCUCAAUUGGAAGUGUUGUGUUCGAUGCGAUGUUUAAUGGCGGGCUCACGCCGCGAAAUACCGAGGAGCCGAUUGAGAUCGAGUUACCCGAUGUUGAGCCGCCCGCAUUUUUGACAUUGUUGAAGUUUUUGUAUAGUGAUGAAGUGAAUAUUGGGCCAGAGAGUGUGAUGACAACACUGUAUACUGGUUUGUUUGUGGAUUCACGAAAUGAAAAACGUUUUCCCAAAAAAGUGAUUCACAAACGGUUCAUUUUUUCACCAUUUUCUCAACAAAUUGAAUAAAGUGAAGCUAAAACGCAUUUUAGUGUCCAGAAAUGCUAUUUCAAGACUUUCUAAUUCUAAUGAGCCUAAAAGUCAAAUCAAGACUUCAAAAUCAAAUUGUUGAUUUUCGAAACUUUUCGGAAAUCACCUAGACAAUUGCAAACCGGCCGGAUACUUGCCAAAAAUUGAAAAACGGUCCGAAGCUUGUACGGUGUUGAAAAUGGCCAGUAACCACUCGAAAAUCGGCCGGUUUCUGCUCAAAUUCAGUGAAAACGGCCGGAUUUUCGAGUGGUUACUGGCCGAAACAAGUUUCGAACCGUUUUUCAAUUUUUGGCAAGUAUCCGGCCGGUUUGCAAUUGUCUAGGUGAUUUCCGAAAAAUUUCGAAAAUUAAAAAUUUGAUUUUGAACGCUUGAUUUGUCUUUUAGGCUCAUUAGAAUUAGAAAGUCUUGAAAUAGCAUUUCUAGACACUAAAAUGCGUUUUAGCUUCACUUGUGUUAAGAAAAUGGUGAAAAAAUGAAUAAAAUUACCGUUCGUGAAUCACUUUUUCGAGUUUUUUAACGUUUAAAAAACGUUUUUUUUAGCCAAAAAAUACGCCGUACCAGCCAUGGAAACCGCCUGCGUCGAAUUCCUCACUCAAAGCCUCGAAGCCGACAACGCCUUCAUGCUUCUAACCCAAGCCAAACUAUUCGAUGAGCCUCAACUCGAACAAUUAUGUUUGGAGUUGAUUGAUCGAAAUACAAUCGAGGCUUUGAAUGGCGACGGUUUCACUGAAAUCGAUUUGAAUACACUUUGCGAUGUUUUGAUGCGAGAUACACUUCGUAUUCGAGAAUUGCAUUUAUUUCAGGUUAGUCUAAGCGUAGUGUACAACAUUUCGCCGAUCCUCCGCCUUUGA